CGCGCGUGCGCUCCUUUCCACGUGCGAAAGCACCAGACUCGUGUAGUCCCGGCCGCCGCGGAGUCCUGAGCCGCGGGGCUGAGCUCUCGCCAUGAAGCCAGGUUUCAGCCCCCGCGGGGGCGGCUUCGGUGGCCGAGGGGGCUUCGGUGGCCGAGGGGGCUUCGGUGACCGCGGUGGUCGUGGUGGAGGCCGAGGAGGCUUUGGUGGGGGCAGAGGUCGUGGUGGAGGCUUUAGGGGCCGUGGCCGAGGAGGAGGAGGAGGAGGAGGACGAGGUGGUGGAGGUUUCCAGUCUGGCGGCAACCGGGGUCGUGGUCGGGGAGGGAAGAGAGGAAACCAGUCGGGGAAAAAUGUGAUGGUGGAACCUCAUCGGCAUGAGGGUGUCUUCAUUUGUCGAGGAAAGGAAGAUGCGCUUGUCACCAAGAAUCUGGUCCCUGGGGAAUCAGUUUACGGAGAGAAGAGAGUAUCGAUUUCGGAAGGAGAUGACAAAAUCGAGUACCGUGCCUGGAACCCCUUCCGCUCCAAGCUGGCGGCAGCAAUCCUGGGUGGUGUGGACCAGAUCCAUAUCAAGCCAGGGGCCAAGGUGCUCUACCUCGGCGCUGCCUCGGGCACCACUGUCUCCCACGUCUCUGACAUCGUAGGCCCGGAUGGUCUAGUCUAUGCAGUUGAGUUCUCCCACCGCUCUGGCCGUGACCUCAUUAACUUGGCCAAGAAGAGGACCAACAUUAUUCCUGUUAUUGAAGAUGCUCGGCACCCACACAAAUACCGCAUGCUCAUAGCAAUGGUGGACGUGAUCUUUGCCGACGUGGCCCAGCCAGACCAGACCCGGAUUGUAGCCCUGAAUGCCCACACCUUCCUUCGUAACGGAGGACACUUUGUGAUUUCCAUUAAGGCCAACUGCAUUGACUCCACAGCCUCUGCUGAGGCUGUGUUUGCCUCUGAGGUGAAGAAGAUGCAGCAGGAGAACAUGAAGCCCCAGGAGCAGUUGACCUUAGAGCCCUACGAAAGAGACCACGCUGUAGUGGUGGGUGUGUACAGGCCACCUCCCAAGGUGAAGAAUUGAAGCCCGGCGCCAUCUGGAUUACCAGAGAUUUGUGUUGCUACUGUUACACGUGUUUUUCUAUUAAAAGACUCAUCCAGGGGCACCUGGGUGGCUCCGUCACUUAA